AUGGAUGGAUUGGUGUCUGUUAACUUAAGUUGGGGUAUCACCUUCCUCCUUCAGAUUGGUGUAGGAGUCCUUGGAAAUUCUUCCGUCUUUUUGCUGUACAGCUUGACAUUACUCACCAGACAGAUGCUGAGACCCAUAGACUUGAUUCUCAACCAGCUGGUCUCAGCUAACAACUUGGUUCUUUUCUCUAAAGGAAUUCCUCAGAAAAUGGCAACUUUUGAGUUGAAAUCUUUCAUGGAUGAGACUGGAUGUAUACUUGUUUUUUAUCUACACAGACUUGUCAGGGGGGUCACACUCAGCACCACCUGCCUCCUCAGUAGCUUUCAGGUCAUUAAAAUUUGUUUCAAUGUCUCUGUGUGGGUGAAGCUCAGAAUGAGAUCCCCAAAGUGCAUCAUCUUCUGCUGUUUUCUCUGCUGGAUAGUUCAGUUUGUGUUAAACAUUUCUAUUGCAUUUUGUGUAACUGGCCCAACAAACAGCAGAAACGUGACUAUGGAGAUGAUAUACAGGUUCUGCUCCUCCCCCACUACAGGGAGACUGGUGUUCGUGGUGUGUGCUGUCCUGUUCUCCCUCAUGGACGCCAUGUGCCUGGGCAUCACGGUCUGCACCAGCAGCUCCAUGGUCCUCAUCCUGCACCAGCACAGGCAGAGGGCCAGACACAUCCACAGCAGUGGUCUCUCCCCCAGAGCUUCCUGCGAGAUGUGGGCCUCAUGCAUCAUCCUGGCCCUGGUGAGCAUGUUUGUCUGCUUCUCUGUUCUGUCUUCCAUUUUAUCAUUUAUGACUCUCCCCAGAAAACAAGCUACAGCAUCCUGCCUGUCCCCAGCUUUAGUCCUCUUGGCUGUUUCCUCAGCUACAAGCUAA